CGACCGUCGGCCCCGCGGGAGGUUCAGUCUGAAUCGGACGGUGGAAGGAGGCAGACGUUAGCGACUCCUUGCUGUGAGAACAAUGGACAACAUGUCAUUCGGGACCGACGGCACUGACCCCCUCGGGGCGGCUAUCCCCUCGGCCGACGGCAAGCGGAAGGCGCCGCCAGACCCCGACAAGGUGAUAGCAGUGCUGGGCUCCGGCGACUACGGGCGCGCCAUCUCCCGCCGCCUCGUCAACUCGGGCUACUCCGUCCUCAUGGGCUCCAGGGACCCCAACAGGAGCCAAGUCAAGAACCUCGUGAAGCAAACGGGCGCCACGCUAAGCAGCCAGGAGGAGGCGCUGAGGGCGGCGAAGGUGGUGGUGGUGGCCGUGGGGAGGGACCACUACGACUACCUGCCCAUCUCGCUCCUGAGGAACAAGGUCCUCGUCGACGUCUCCAACAACACAGAGCGGCGCAGAGGACCUCAUUACCGCAGCAACGCAGAGUACCUGCAGGGCCUGAUUCCGGAGGCCAAGGUGGUCAAGGGCUUCAACGUGCUGUCGGCCUACGCGCUCGAGAACGGCGGCCUCCAGGGCAGUAAAGAGGUGUUCAUCGCGGGCGACAAUGCGGAGGCGAAGGCGGCGGUGGCGGAGGUGGCCCGCGUGAUGGGCUUCCACCCGGUCGACUGGGGCAGCCUGCAGGCCUCCAGGGACAUCGAGGACGUGCCCCUCAAGUUCAUGCCGUCGUGGAAGCGCCCCGUGGCGGUCGUCUUCGGCCUCUUCGUGUUCCUGUGGCUCCUCGCCUUCCUGUCGUUCCAGAUCUGCUACAACCUGUAUCUUGGCGGAUGGGACUGGGGCUGGAAGCAUCUUGGAAUGCAGAACUUCAACCGAGUAAUUGCUAUCCUUGCUCUGUGGACGCUCUCCUUCUGCUACAUACCUGGCCUGAUAGCCGCCUACAUUCAGCUGUGGCGCGGGACGAAGUACAGCCGCUUCCCCAAGUGGCUCGACGACUGGCUCAAGAUGAGGAAGCAGCUCGGACUGAUCAUGCUCGCGCUGGCUGGCAUUCACGCUUGCAUGUCCGUGGCUUACAUCACCCCGAAGACUACCGAGUGGGUGUACGAGGAGCCGACGAAGAUCAAGGCGCUGGUGGAGGUCGACAAGAACACGACGGAGACGAAGACGCUCAAGCUGUAUAACACGGAGUUCAACUGGCGGGGGGAGCUGUUCCUCACCAUGGGAGCCAUCUCGACGUGCCUGCUGGUGGUGCUGGGCAUCUCGUCACUGCCGUCCGUGACCGCCACGCUCUCCUGGCGCGAGUUCACCUUCAUCCAGAGCAAGCUGGGCUGGGUGGCGCUCGUCGCCGCCUGCGCCCACGACAUCUUCCUCGCCUGGAACUACAUGUUCCUCUACUGGGGAUGCUUCAACACCCUGCCUAUCGGGCCGCAGUAUGCAUUAUACCCAGCAUUCAUCGCAAUCAUCAUGAAGAUCCCGCUGCUGCUGCCACCUGUUGACAAUUACCUACAGAAAAUCCGCAAGGGAUACGAGCGCAACAGUAGUUAUGUAUUGUAUAGAGACCAUUGUUUUUUUUUCCAGUAUGCAUUAUACCCAGCAUUCAUCGCAAUCAUCAUGAAGAUCCCGCUGCUGCUGCCACCUGUUGACAAUUACCUACAGAAAAUCCGCAAGGGAUACGAGCGCAACAGUAGUUAUGAAUCGGGCAAAUAUGCAUUAUACCCAGCAUUCAUCGCAAUCAUCAUGAAGAUCCCGCUGCUGCUGCCACCUGUUGACAAUUACCUACAGAAAAUCCGCAAGGGAUACGAGCGCAACAGUAGUUAUGAAUCGGGCAAAGUUGAAGUUGCAUAA